UUUCCAGCGCCACAUUGUUUGACUGACUGUCCAGCGACUGCAGUCCUCACUUUGAUGUCAAUGUCUGACAGUCACUAAAUCCAAUGGGACCACAACAAUUUUUAACUGGGAUUUCUGUGAGAGGGAUCAACGCUUUUUGGCUCCUGUUUGAGGACGUUUUCAGCAUCAGUGGGACUGGACGAGAGACCCCACUGUUGCAGUGCACUGUGCGUGGAGCCUGAAACAGUUGUACCGCCUGGAAAGGGGAUUUCACGGCAGGGAGGGCUCCACACAUGUUUGUGUGCAGCUGAAGCUGUGGCCAUGGAGAAACCUGAGGAAUCUCACCCCGUGGAGAAACCGUGGAAGUGUGGCGACUGUGGGAAAGGCUUCUGUGUCCCGUCUGCUCUGGAGACUCAUUGGCGCAGUCACACCGGGAAGAGGCCAUUCCCCUGCACCGACUGCGGGAAGGCCUUCAGACAUUCCUCCCACCUGUUGGCCCACCAGCGGAUCCACACGGGGGAGAGGCCCUUCAGCUGCCCAGAGUGCAGGAAGGCUUUUACCCACGCCUCCAGCCUGCUGAGGCACCGGCGGGUCCACAUGGGGGAGAGGCCCUUCACCUGCUCUCAGUGUGGGAAGGCCUUCAGCAAUUCCUCCACCCUGCUCACCCACCAGCAUGUCCACACGGGCGAGAGGCCCUUCAGCUGCCCGAACUGCGGGAAGGGCUUUAUGCAGGUCUCCACCUUGCUCAGGCACCAGCGUAUCCACACGGGGGAAAGGCCCUACAGCUGCCCUGAGUGUGGGAAGGCCUUCAGCGAUUCCUCCACCCUGCGGAGUCACCGGCGGGUCCACACGGGGGAGAGGCCGUUCACCUGCUCUCAGUGCGGGAAGGGCUUCACCUGCUCCUCCACCCUGCGGAGACACCAGCGCAUCCACACGGGGGAAAGACCCUUCAGUUGCCCCGAGUGCGGGAAGGCUUUCAGCACAUCCUCCACCCUGCUGAGGCACCAGCGGAUCCACACUGGGGAGAGGCCGUUCACCUGCUCUCAGUGCGGGAAGGGCUUCACCUACUCCUCCCACCUGCGGAAGCACCAACGGAUCCACACCGGGGAGAG